GUUUGGAGUUUGUAUAAAAGGUCGGGAAAUACUCUGCAUUGACACAGUUCGACUGACAACCUCAUCAUGAAUUCUCUACGCCUUCUGGUUCUUCUUGGACUUUUGCUGGCCACUCAGGGCAGGUCUCUUGAGCAGGAGCCUUCUGCAGUUAAGGAGAAGAUUUCUGAGGAGGUUCCCCAAGGAACUGGCGUCCAAACCGAAUCUCCCAAACUUGAGGAAGUUAAGCAAGAAGUCCAGGAAAGUCCCGUCCAGCCAAGUAACUCUAUCGAACCCCAAGGAAACAAGGAGGUUCCUGCCAUCAAAUCCGAGGAAAACCAAUCUGUUUCUAAUGAAAUUUCCAAAGCUGAAGAACCAAAAAAGGCGGAGGAUGAUCCCAAGUCUGAGGUUGAAAAAACUGCAUCUGUUUCCAAUGAAAUACCCAAAGUUGAAGAACCAACCACUUUGGAAGAAGCCCCAAUAAAGGAACAAGAAGUCCCUAAAAAGGAGGAACCUAAAGAUCAGAACCCUGUUCAGGUCCAGGGUCGUGACAACUUCCAGGUUUUUGACCAAUCCGGUCAAAGCCAAAUAGUGGGCUCUGCCGACCUGGACAAGAUCUUUAAAUAUCCUUCCAACCGCGAUCAGUCCCUGAGCAACUACCAAGAGUACUACAACAAGUUUGGAAUCCCCAAAGUAGAAAUCGUCACCAUCGAUAACGCCACCGCUGCCAAUGUGACUCACCACACCCACGACCACACUCACUACUACAACAACCAGAAGAAGCCCGGUUUUCCAUUCCCCUUCCUGCCCAAUCCCUUCGAGAAACAGGAGACCACGUACGUCAAUCUGACGGAGUCCACUUCCGGCAAUGUGACCUAUCACACCCACAUCCACGAGGACACCAAGCCGUUCCCCUUCCUGCCAAAUCCCUUCACGGACUUCCCCAAGGUAGUGGGUCUCAGCUUGGUGCUGCUCCCGAAUCCUUUCUACGUCAACAAGACGGCAUCGGAAUCCCAGGAUGGUUCCCAGUACCAGUAUUACGGAAAAUUCCGAGGACUCUCCGAAGAAAAGCCUCAAAACCAGGAGCAACUUCAGAAGCCGGGAUUCUACCUCAUUCCCAAUCCCCUGGCUCAGCAGGCCAACGAUGGCCGUCUUAACAAAGGCGAUGCGAAUGUUCUGCUGCCCGUUAACCUGGCUGCGUUACCUCUCCUGGUCCCUGCUCCGGAGUUUUCCCAGGGAAAGGCUAGCAGCAUCAAUAUUCAGGAUGUGAUCAAGGCCACUAAUUCGCACGUGAGUGACACCCUGAAGGUGCCGGCCAAUGGACUCAGCCAGCUGCAAAAGGAGCAGGCUGCCGUUCAGCAGUUCCUUCUCAGCCACUUGACGCAGCACCAGAAGCUGUUCGAGAAGAACAUCCUCAACGAGAAGCGCUCCCAAUCCGCUUCAGGCGGAGCAGCUCCCUUGCCGGUGGAGGAGAGCACCGUGCUGUUUGCCGUGGAGAUUCCUAAGUCCAUCUACCGUUUCUUCAGGGGAAUCUUUGGAGGAUUCGCACAGUAGAAAGUCCAGUAGACCGAAGAAACACCCAGG